AACUGUAGUUGUGUAUUAAGAUGCAUCUAUUUUGCAGGAACUUCAAGACAUCCUCAAGAUUGGUCAAGAUAUUGGACAAAUUGAAACGACGCUUCUUGAUCUUAAUAAUCUCAAGGCUAAAACAGAGCAAGAGGUGUUGGAGUUGCAAGAAAAGGUUGGUCCUCGUCAAUUGAGUAAUAUAAAUGGUCUAUUCACCAAAGAUGAACUGAAGGAAAGAAUACAAUGCAUGGAAAACUCAGCAGCUGCUGUUAUCUGCAGUCUCUUGCCGAACCAAAUGCCACAGAAGUCUAUCAUGAACGAUAUAAUAAACCUGGUUGCACUUCUUGGUACUGUUCAGAGCCCUGAGCUUAGCAGAAUAUUAGCAGAGUAUCUUGGAGAAGAUAAGAUGCUGUCUGUCGUUUGUAGAACCUUUGAUGCUGCAAGUGCUCUUGAGAGGUAUACACAAAGUGGAGAAGUUGAUUCUACACUUGCUUUACAUGCUGAAGCAGCCACACUUGGAAAAGUUAUAUGUAGGCGUUUCCUUGUUUUGCCUUACAAUGGGCGUUGCCAAGGACAUGACCCUCAGAGGAAGCUGACCUUGCCAUAUCCUACUUUGCCAAAUGGCAGUAUGCCGGCAGGUUUUUUGGGUUAUGCUGUUAAUAUGAUUGAGCUGGAUGAUCAUCAUUUGCAAACAAGGACUUCUACGGGACAUGGUCUCCGGGAGACUGUGCUUUUCAGUCUAUUCAGGAAGCUCCAAGUUUAUGAAACAAGGGAGCAUAUGAUGGCUGCUCGUGCCUGUAUAGAGGAUGGAGCUGUUUCACUAGAUGGCGGCAUUGUAAGAGAACGUGGACUAAUCUCUCUUGGUUACGGGAAUCCUUCAAUAUGCUUUCCUCUUGAGAGUCCGGUGCUUGCCACUCCAGAGACUAGAAAAAUGAUAGCUAAGAUUGGGGAACUGAGGGAUAAGUUAACGGGCCUUGAGGAUGAUAUAAGAAAUGUGAUUGAAUUGCACGAUAAGCACCUGAAGAAGUUCCGCAGAAGACAACGCCGAUAUGGGAAGAUUAUGGAUGACUCGGGGCCUAUGAUCGAAAACCAAUUGUUGAAUAUAAACCCAGUAUAA